AUGGCUGCGGUUGCUCAACGACAAGGCAAUGGGGUGGCAGGACCGUCGGGAUCGAGACAUCAUGGACCAUCAGGAGGACAUGCACCCGUACACAGGAAACGGACGGGAUCAUCAAACAAGGAGGACGUGAGAAUGAUCGGACAAUGGAGAAUAGGGAGAACGAUCGGUAAAGGCAGUUCUGGCCGAGUCAAGAUCGCCAAACAUGCCAUCACUGGAAAAUACGCGGCGAUCAAAAUUGUGCCCAAAGGACUCAUCCUCACUUCGAGAAUGUCCAUGUCCGAAGCUGGAGCACGAGCGGACAAGGUCUUGUUAGGGAUCGAGAGGGAAAUUGUCAUUAUGAAACUGAUCGAUCAUCCCAACGUCAUGAGCCUGUAUGAUGUCUGGGAGACAUCAAACGAGCUAUAUCUCAUCAUGGAAUACAUCCCUGGAGGAGAAUUAUUCGACUAUCUUGUCAAGAGGGGUCGACUACCUCCAUCGGAGGCUUUGCAUUACUUCCAACAGAUCAUUUUUGCCGUAGAUUACUGCCAUCGGUUCAACAUCUGUCAUCGUGAUCUCAAGCCCGAAAACUUGCUGUUGGACAAGGACAAGAAUAUCAAAGUAGCCGACUUUGGUAUGGCAGCUUGGGAAGCCGGUGAAAAGAUGCUCGAGACAAGUUGUGGAAGUCCACAUUACGCGUCUCCAGAGAUCGUGGCGGGCAAAGCGUACCAUGGAAGUGCCUCGGACAUCUGGUCCUGCGGUAUCAUCCUCUUCGCUCUCCUCACUGGGAGAUUGCCAUUUGACGAUGACAACAUCCGAUCGCUCUUGCAAAAAGUCAAGAUUGGACUCUUUGACAUGCCAGACGAGAUCCAGGGCCCGCCGAGGGAUCUUCUGAAGAGAAUGUUGGAGAAAGACCCAGAGAGGCGAAUCACCAUGCCUGAAAUCCUCCGACAUCCAUUCUUCACCUCUCGCUCGCCCCGACCAAUCCCUGGAAGAGCGCUUGUUGACCCUCCUUCGCUCGACGAGGUGGAGCGACCUGUCAACUCUCCUAGCGAGAUUGAUGCCGAUAUCAUGGGUAAUCUCAAGACAUUGUGGUCUGGUGCAUCUGACGAUGAGAUCAUCGCGGCUCUCAUGAGCAAAGAAAAAACAUGGGAAAAAACCAUCUACCACUUGCUCAUCACCUAUCGAUCAAAGCAUCUGGAGAACUACAACAUGGACGAUGAUGAUGCGAUCGAAACUCAAGCUAGGACGCCGAAGAGCGCACCGCCCUCAUCCACGCCUAGAAAGACACCAUCAGGUCCGAAAUCGCCACCUGCCAAACGCAUCCUUGGCGAGAAUGAAACGAUCCAAGAGAAGAUUACACCUCAAUCACCAGUCGCUAGACCUUCAGCACCCACCCCAAAGAAGGCUGCGGCUGGUGGGAUUGUCUCUUCUCCCGCCAAUGGCCCAAGCAAGCUUUCUGCUCCGCCUCGUGGCCCUCGACCGCCAUCUAGCCCUGUAGCUCAGAAGCGAGAAUUGAACGAUGAGAAUCAACCUCCGACUCCUGCCAUCGUCCUCCAUCAGCCAACACCUACAAAGGGACUUGCUGCUCCUCAGUCUAUGGCUCCACCACCUUCGCCUUUGUUGCCCAGUACUCCUCAGCUACCCAGCACUCCUCAACUCCCUGCCCCGCCCUCUCCGUCCCCAUCACCUCUUAAUGUUCCCACUGUCCAGGAUGAGCAGCUGCAACACUUCUUUAACGAAGUGGCCAGUCAGCUCAACUCGAUGAAUAUUCGAUCAUCCAUCGCUUCUGCGUCCUCUACGUCGUCCAACUCUCCAGCCAUCCAACAGGAUUACCAAGCCUAUCUUGCGUACGCGGCUGGCAUUCCUCUGCCUGGUCCGAGUACUCCAUCUAUCCACUCUAGUUCACCGACUUCGCCUACUGGUGGAUUUGACCCGAACCAGUUCGCAGAUGCGGAUGGUGACGACUCAGAAUUGGCCUCAGAGUAUUCGCACGCGACGCAUUCUGCCAUGUCAGCCAAUUCUCCGUUGGUAGGACUGGGCUUCGGAGCAUCGCCUCGACCGGGAUUGCAUCCUAUCCAGAGUCAACAGGCGAACCAGAAUCGAUGGAGCUAUAGCUCUGCGGGAGGUGUCGCCUCCAGACCCCAGGUCCCGUUGUCAUCUUACCGCCCUGCACCACCCCCUCCAAUGGCGACGAGGACUGCACCGAAGCCUCCAGCGAUCGCCACUAGGACUGAGGACAGCAAUCUUCCACGAGACACAUCCUAUGUCGUGGUAGACAACAUCGAAGUCCCUUCGGUGGCCAAUGAUUCAUGGUCAUCGAGGCAGAGCGGCUUCUCUCAGCAUCGAGGUCAGGAUGGUUUCGGCAUGCUUAAAAAGAAGAAGAAGCAGUUUGGCUCGACCUUGAACGCCACUCAAUUCCCAUUCUCACCAUCACCAUCCUCCACCAUGGGUACGCCGUCACCCAAGAAGAGCUGGUUCAACAACCUCUUCUCUUUCAAGGCUCCUUCAUGUACUUUGCUGUCGCAUGACAACAUCAGCAACACUCGCGACAGGAGCAAGAAGAUUCUCGCCGAACUGGGAGUCAGAGUGGCAGUGGUUGAGAUUGAUGGUAUCAGAGCGUUAAAGUGCCGAGUGGACGAGAUCAAAGGUGCCCUUACCGUUGUCAAAGGCGUACGAUUCCGAGCAGAAUUUUCUCGAAAUACGCCCAGCUCUGGCGGAGGCUACAACACCCUUGUAUCUCUCACAUUGGAGAAAGGCGCUCAAUCGACUUUCAAACGUGAGUCGUGA